AUGGCAACAGGAAACGAAUCAAGUUUAUGUUCUAUCUGCAAUGAAUCAGAAGGAAUUCACUUUUGCAUUGGAUGCAAUAAAUAUUUUUGCCAAAAGCAUUUAAGAGAACAUAAAAAACAAUUAGCAAUUAAAUUCGAUGAUGAAGUAGUCAGAUCUCAUGAUGAACUUCUGGAUCAAAUAAAAUAUUUAGAAAAAUCAAAUUAUUUGUCAUCGGAUCUUGUCACUCAAAUUGAACAAUGGAAACAAACAACAACCGCGAAAGUUGAAAGAGCAGCAGAAAAGGCACAGCAUGAACUUGCCGAGCUAAUAGAUAAACAACAAGCCAAAGUAACAAAAGAACUUCAAUCAAUUACAGAUCAAAUUCGUUCACGUCAAGAACAAGAAAUGUUUACUGAAAAUGAUAUUGAUCAACUUAAACAAGAAAUCGAUAAAAUUAAACAACAACUUGAAAACUCAUUCAAAAAAGAUAAAAAUCAAAGCAUCAUUAUUGAAAAUAAUCAAAUUAAUUGGAAUCGGCUUCUCUACAUUGGUAAAAUCCAGGGUAAGCGUAAUAUUAAAUGA